UAACAUGACAAUUACAUCUUUUGUUUUUUGUGUUAAAACAAGGUUAAAACGCGAUUGCAUAUUAGUGUAUUAAAUCUUAAAUACUUACAAUUUUUAGCUUUACAAAUACAAAGGUAAUAGGGGAAAAUGAUAUUUAACCAUUUAAGGCUUCUUCGUUCAAGUGCAGGCAAAAAUUUUGAAACUAGAUUCCAUGCAUGGAAGAACACUCGAAUGCAGUCCUCUUUGCAGUCAAAACCUUUAGAAAUAAAUACUGCUCAGGCGACUUCUAAAGAGCAAUCCACAACUGAGAUCACUUCGGCCGAAAAUGACUCCGACAUUUUCCCGACACCUCGGGUAGUACCGGUAUUACGAAAUAGAGAUUCGAUAGUUUUGCCGUUCGAUGAAGUUCCUGGACCGAAGUCGUUGAAGUAUUUGUCCACUUUACGUAAUUAUCUGACAGAAAUCGGAACUCAAGUUACUGCUAGGUUUUUAAUCUUUGGUCUUAACAUUAGCACUCUGAUUAACAAGAGGAAGUCAAUCCGUAAGAUAUCUACCUUAUUCGACGAAUACGGUCCGGUUGUUCGUUACGUGAACCCAGUUGGCGCCGACAUUGUGUUGCUGAAUCAUCCGAGCCACAUACAGAAAGUUUUCAGCCUAGAAGGCGAGCACCCAGUAAGGUCCACGCUUGAAUCGCUCGAGAAAUUCCGUACCGAACAUAAACAUCAUGUUUACGGAGGCAUUUAUACUGUGCAUGGUCACGAAUGGGUUCGUCAAAGAUCGGCGAUUUACAGUCCAGCACAUAACUUGACAACUCAUCAUGCGCAAGGAUUAUACGAGAUUUGCGAGAAAUUCACCAGAAAAGUGUACAACGUCAGAAACUACCAGGACGAAAUAUCUAAGGAUCUUUAUAAAGAACUGCAUAAAUGGGCUUUUGAUAGCCUUGGUCUGAUAAUGUUCUCGAAGGACUUGUCGAUGUUAGACAAAGAGUUAGUGAACAGCCAAUGCGACUCGUCGUGGAUGUACCAUAGUUUAGAGCAUGCGACCGAGGCUAUCAUCAAAUGCGAGACGGGCAUGCAUCUCUGGAAGUUUUUUACCACGCCCGCUUGGUACAUUCUCGUUAAAUACUGCGACAGUUUGGAUAGUUUGAUUGGUAAAAAAGUUUUAGAAGUGGAACAAGAACUCUCAAAUAAGGCACAAAAUAACGAAACGCUGUCUUUUGAUUCAUUGACAAGUGCAAUGUUACUGAACGAAGAUAAGUUUAAAACGGAAGAUAUAGCUACGGUGCUUAUGGACAUGAUGCUCAUUGGAGUGAACACGAUUUCAUCAUCUAUGGCAUUCUUGCUAUACAACAUAGCAAAACAUCAGAAAAGCCAACGAACACUUUACAACGAAAUUGAAGGCCUAUACCCAAAUAUGAUGGUAGAAAAUGUUGAUAAAUUGAAAGAGCGCACGCCUUUCUUACAAGCCUGCAUUAGGGAAACAUUAAGGCUAACACCGCCAAUACCGAUUCUCACAAGAGUUCUGCCAAAAAAUAUAACUUUAGAUAAAUACAAUAUCCCAAGAGGUACGUUGAUUAUAAUGUCAAUGCAACACACCUCGUUGAAGGAAAGCAACUAUGAUGACGCAACUAGGUUCUGCCCUGAACGAUGGAUCAAACCAGAUGCUGAGGACUACCAUGCCUUUGCGUCCAUACCGUUUGGUCAUGGUGCGAGGAAAUGUUUGGGGCAAAACAUUGCUGAAACUAUGAUGUCACUCUUGGCUAUAAGGGUUCUUCAAAAAUACAAAUUGGAGUAUCAUUAUGCCGACUUGAAUCCCACAAGAAGUUUUAUUGCAAGACCAGACCGGCCUCUCAAAAUAAGAUUCAUUGAUAGACUAUAAAUACUUUGUUCUGCUGUUAUUAACUUACUAUGUUUUGGAUUUCAACUAAGAUGUGAAAUAAAUAAGA